AUGCGUGCUACCCUUUUGUGGCUAUAUGGCAGCGGCCAAUUUUUUAAUACGCUCGCACGAUCCAUCGCUAAAGAUUCGUUCGUCGUGCGACGGCAGAAUACCGACGCACAAGUUCUCGCCAGCAAUGAGAAGACGGGCGCAUGCAUGUAUUAUUUCGGCCAGGGCUCCGCACGACCUAACUGGGACAAAGGCGGUAAAUCCUGUAUCAAAUACUGUGCUGAUCAUGGGGGUAGUGGUUUCUCUAUGUGCGAUUAUAGUCCAUAUAAUGAUGUUGAUUUCACCAAGCAACCACUUACCGUAGCCACCCUCAAAGAUGAGGAAGGAUAUAUCUACGUCCCUUGUAAAUGCAAAUGCAACGAUCCGACCAUCGAAGGCCUUACCGAGAACAUUUUCGAUAUUGUAGCUGAGGGGCUCUCUAAACUCGAUAACAUCCUUUGCGCGGCCAUGCUCUCCGCGCUGCAGGCGAUCGUCGAAGUUGGGAUUUUCGCGAUUCCCGGGGGUGCGGAACUCCAAGGAGCGCGCGCUCUCGUGCAAGGGGCCAAGACCUUUACGGAGAAUGGCCUGGAAGCGUCGUCCUUCUUUGGAAACUGGAUCGGUGACGCCUGUGGUGUGCCUGACUACAGCUUUGACCUCAUGACCAUGUUCACAACCUUGGUCGCCAGUCCCGACUCCAUUGGGACGAGCGUGGGCUGCAAGAUCCCUAAGGGCAAAGGAACAUGCAAGCCACCCCCCAAGGUGCCAGAUAAACCGAAGCCUACUCUGACGAAGCCGGCUGUGACGAAGCCAACGGUGACGAAGCCGACGGUGACCCAGGCAACUACUCAACAAACCACUGCCAAGACGACGACAGCAACUACCACUUAUUCAACGGCAGCCUGCAAACGUGCGGUUGGGGACGUCAUGCAGAAAGACAAGGGCAAAAACUACAACGUGUUCGUCUCGACCGAGUGUAACCAGCAGGGUUCCACCGUCACCCAUGAGUUCAAGAUCACAUCGCUCAGCUAUAGCGCCAACGCCAAACCCACACUGAUCAAGGCCACUUGCAAGAAGGAGUGGUCCCAGGCUUGCUACCACUACAGCUCGGCCAUCAGCGUCCAACCGGCAUGGAAGACUCUGACCUGCCCUCCGGAGGCUGCCGUGACCGAGAAACCUCGCUUCCAUUCCCCUGCCGUGGGCAAGUGGAAAGCGCGGCAUCCCAAGAAGAACAAGAAGGUAGACCUCGGAUGGUGGGAUAAGACGGGUGCGGCCGGAAGCAAGCUUAUCGAGUACCAACAAGAAUGCCAAGUCGACGAGUUCCCGCCCAUGUAUCUGCUCAGCAAGACUGAUACCGCUAUCAAGCAGGGUGGCAGCGAUAACACGGGCCAGCUGGUGCGUCUGCUUCCAGACAAGGAGAAUGGGAACGCCGCCAACGGGAUGUGGGCGGGCAUAUGCUUCAGAACACCCAUGCUGGACUCCAUGACAGCCAAGGAGGUUGUCGCUAGAGCCAAGGACGCGAAAAAGAACUUUGGCUACAAGAAGAAUUUUGUAAAUCCAACAUCAACUGAGUACACGGUGGGGAUCACCGUCGAUGUGAGACCCGAGUUCACCAUUGCCAAAUGGGAGCACGAGACCACUCCUCCCAAGUCCAAGGAUGACGGGCUGAGUGAGAACCCUUGCUGGCCCAAGGUCAGAGCAAAGGAUGACCCUGGAUAUACCGUCCAACACUUUGCCCAGCAUUACAUCAAGAACCCCUCGCUGUUAACCAAGUACGACUACAAGAAGGCGUGGGUCAAGGGCACCAACGGAUCCAAGCGAGCUCUGCUUUGGUCGGACGAGAAUGGAGGUCCCGAAAUGAGCGUUGUGGGGGAUAAUGACGACCUGGAAUACCUGAACGGUACCCUGACGGACUCCGACCAGUCCAAGAGAGAUAUUUCUUGGUCGGACCCGGACGAAGAUUAUGAUGCGGAAUUUCCUGGGGAUGAUGAUCUGAACAACUUUAACGCUGCCACAUUGGGCUACGAUCCAUUUUGA